AUGGGUUCAUCUGGUUCCACAUCAAAUGUCAUAAUUCUUCCGGUAAGAGUCUUGACAAAAAUCUUCAUUCUAUCAGAAAGAAAAAGACGCAACCAUGAUCCAUUUCGUAUCCCAUAAUCUUUUAUUGUCCGUUUAUCAUCAAGAUACUUUUCGAAAAAACUCAACUGCUGUUUUUCGCAUGCAAUUCCGAUUUUACUUUGAAUUUUCAUUUUGACUUCUUCUAUUGUAUUAUAUAAAUAUACUUCGAGAAUGAUUGUUUCAUUUCUCGAUAUUUUCACAUAUAAUUCUUUAGUACAAUUUUUCGGAAUGAAACAUGAAUAAAGUUUCAAGAUAUCGAUAGUCACCGGUAAACCAAAGGAAUUUGUCGAUAUAAUACCGAGCAUCGAAGAAAAAGCGGCUGUGAUGAGACUGUUUGCGUUAACAGCCAUAUAUGAAUUGCAUUACGAUAAUGUGAAAGACAAAAACUGAGAUGAAAGUUUGAAAGGGGAGCGAUACGAGUUUUUUUGUUAUGGUUUAUCAGCAAGUUUUUUUUAUGACUCAAAUAUUUUCAUCAUAUGCCAUUAUUUACUAGCUAAAUGGCAUAAAUACAGAAAAAGAACAAUUUAUAGACAUGACUAUUUGCUCUCACAGCGUCAUGCAACAUGCAAGCACCAUUGGAUCCCUCGAAAAAGAAAAUACUUUCAUAUUAUUACUAAUAAACGUUAUAUAUUUUGAAAAACAAGCUUUAUUGUCAAAAAAUAAUGCAGUGUCACAACAGGAUCUGUCUUUUGUAUCUUCGUGAGGAGAUUGCUAGUGCCUAUAGAGGUCACCCUAUUACCUCUAUGAUGUGAGUAUGAAUGUUGGUAAAUAUAAGAGUACCCUAUUCACACCAACAAUAAACUUUAUUCAAUUUCUAAGAAGGAAAUACUUAUGGAGUAUUAUUUAAGCUACUAGGAUGUUCAUUAAUGUUAAGUGUAGACUAAAAGUACAAAUUAUAAGGAAUAAUGCAUGUUUCUUAGUCUUGGUUGUGAGCUUCAAUAUUGUUUGGAUACUUUUCUGGAGGUUUGAAAAAAGGAUUAGUAUGGUUGGUAUGAGUAAGUCACAUCUGCGUGAAGUAUUUAUGAUAAACAGAGUAUUGAAGUUGAUCAGAUUCUGGAACAAAUGGAAUGCGUUCUUUUUCCCAACAUAGUCCUAGCGGCGGUGUCACAAAUUUAGAUCAGAGUGGGCUCAAGCCCUCAGGAUUUUGACCAGAGUGCGCUCGAACUUACUUAAUUUCCAAAGACGAAAACAUUGAAUCCAAACUUUUUCGAACUUUUGGAUUCGUCAAAAAUAUUUCUUGUUCCAUACUAAAUAAUUUGCAUGAAUGUAUAGAGCGCUUGACUUUUUAUUUUAAAAACAUCUAAUGAGACAACUUAACAAUAUAAAAUCCUGCUGUUCUUAUGAAUUCGUGCAAAUUUAUCUACUACUCGCUCAUCAUCUAUAGCAAUAUCAGGUUCAAUAGAGUGUGGGUAUGUGGAUGUGGGCGGGUGUGUGUGGGCGGGUGGUUGCGGCGGGGCCGGCGUGACAAUGAGGUCCAGG